AUGGGUUAUGAAAGCAAUGGAGGUAAGUGUUAGUAUGGGAUUAUUUAGAUUUUAGGUAUGAACCGCAGCAGAGGUGGAGGUGGCAAUUGGAACAGUCCAGGACGAGGCAGAGGUGGUGGAGGUUUCAGGGGCCGCGGAGGUAGUCCAGGAGGAUUCCGAGGCGGCUUCAGAGGAGGAAACCGAGGUGGAAGUGAAAACAGAAACUUCAGAGGAGGUAACCGUGGUGGUGGUGGCGACAGAUCUUUUGAUAGAAACCGUUCUUUUGGCUCGGACGGAGGAGAUAACGGAAACCGAUCGUUUGGUGGCCGUGGAGACAGAUCUUUCCGAGGCGGCGAUAGGUCAUUCCGUGGUGGAGACCGCUCCUUCAGAGGUGGAGACAGAUCUUUUGGAGGCGGCCGAGGUGGCGGAUUCAGAGGAGGCCGAGGAGGAAACUUCUCUGGUGGUCGAGGAGGUUUCAGAAAUGAUUCGUUUAACGGUAAGUUUUGCUUAUUAUGUAGUAUUAUAAAACUAAUAAUGUUUUUUGUAUUGUUUUUACUUUUAGGAACUCCUCAGAAUCGUAAAAGAAAGUUCAGUGAAGAGGGAGGCGAUGGACCUGAUAACAAGAAGUCUAACAAAGAAACCUCAUUCUUCAGCUCUGAAGAUAACGACUUUGAGAAGAAGACUUCAAGUAUUCUGAAGAAGGGCGGACAGCCACAAAGCGAGAAGAAGAAUGUCAAGUUUUUCAGCGGCAAGAAGUCUCCUGUUUCUGUAUGUUUUUAAUAUUAUAUCAUCACUAUUAUUAUUUAAAUACCUAAAAUCAUUCUUAUUUUAUGUUUUUGUAAAUACUUAAUUUGAAAACCGUUUGAUUUUAGGCUAAAACUCCAGCAACCCCUCAUCCAGCUAAGGGAAAGAAUGAGAAAAUGCAACCACGACGCUUCCUCGACAGUGACGACGAAGAUUCAGACUUGGAUCUUUCUGAUUUGAAGGCAAAACAGGUUGAUAUUGAGGAUGAACACGAAAGAGCGGAAGACGAAGAGGUUGAGAUUGAAGACGAAGAAGCUGAGGAUGAAGAGGUUGAAGUUGAGGAUGAAGAAGAAGAGGAGGAAGAAGAACCUGUUGCAAAAACCUUGCCAAAAGCUGCUCCAAAGCCAGAUGCUGUUAAGACAGUAUGUUUUAAUUGACUAAAUUUUCAAAUAUUUAUAAAUUUACAUUUAAAAAAUAAUUUUGAUUUUUAGGCGAAGACCAAAUUCUCGUUGGAUGCUAUCAGCUUGGAGAAAAAGCAACGUUUAGAUAUCCUGGGGCUUUCUUUGUUUGCUUCCACAGACAAGAAGGUUAACGUGAAUCAAGUGUUCAAAAAAUUGCAUCCGUUUGUUGUUGAUGUUUGGACGGUGCAGAUGGGAACCUUGAUUUUGUUUGAUAAGAGCAACUCGAGGAACGCAGCUUUGGAACAUCUGAAGAAUGACAAAAGAUUCAAAUUUGAGAAGGCUGAAAACGUACCAGGAAUUCUUGAAGAAUGUAAGUUUGUAAAUUGCGUUUAUCUUAAACUGUUGGUGUUUAGGCUACGUCUUUUAUGCGUAUUAAAACGUAUUUUUAGCUUUGAAAACGGUCGACCCGCUAACUUUGAAGGUAGCACAUGUGCCAAGUGGAACCUCGCAAAAUGAUCUCAAACUUAUCUUCCCUACUGCUUCUGGUGUCAAACUGAAUGGCGACUGGGCCACAAUUUCUUUCAAAACACAUUUGGAUGCUAUUAAAGGGCUUACUGCUGCAGGAUCUUUACGAAUUUAUGGGCACUCUGUCUUAAUUACCUUUUUAAGAAGUAAGUUGUUAAAGAACAUUAGCUCAACUCAUUUUAGGUGCUAAGGCAGAGGAGUCUAAGCCAGUUGAGAAAAAGAAUGCCGUCAAGGCUGUAGUCCAAGAAUCUGAGGAUGACGCUGAUGAUGAGGAAUUGGCCGAAGAUUUGGAGAUAGAGGAUGAAGAGAUCGAAGUGGAAGAUGAAGAGGUCGAGGAUGAGGAGGAAGGAGAGCAGGCUGGAAAAGCCAACGGCCUCGUCGAUCACAUGGCCGAAGAAGCCGAGGAUUCUGACAUUCCGUCUUCAGAAGAAGGGAUUGAGGAAAUCACGGACGACGAGGUGGAAGAGGACUAA